AAAACAUAAUCUGUUUGCGUUCCAGAAGGUGUCUUUAAAAAAUGUGCACGGGCCCUUUAAUAUUUGUGUAAAAAAAAAAAUAAAUAAAAUAAAUAAAAAUAAAGAAGAUAAGUUUUUUUUUUUUUUUUAUUGUUUUUAGAAACACAGCAUAAAGCUUUAACGUAACAUUCUACACAAGUACUUUUUUAAAUAUAAAGACAAGUUUUUGAUUUGUGCUGGUGCCAGUUUUAAAGACGGAAAGAGGAAGGAGUGAAAAAGCAAGAAUUUGAAACAUAACAAUCACAGAAUAGGAAAUGGCGACAGAAGUGGAAGCAUGGACCGCAGUGCCACAACGGGACGGUGCGUUCCUUGUGGGAGCCCCGGAGGAGGAGGAGGAGUUUGUGGACGAUGACAUGCUGGCGGAGGGGGAGGUGAACGGGAACUGGACCCCCCAGGAGAAGGCUCUGCACGAGGCCCGGCUCAAAGCCAAGGCCAAGCGGAGACUGCGUAGGACCUCGUCCCGGGAUUCCACCCGGGAGUCCUUUUCCGAGACAGGAGGGGAGCCUGGCACUGACCCCAACAGCCCCAAGGGCAAGAUUAGCAUCAGCGACCGCAAGUCCAGGAUGGGCAAGGGCCGAGGGCUGCCCAAGAAAGGGGGGGCAGGUGGAAAAGGCGUGUGGGGGGCAGCUGGGAUGGUUUAUGAUUACGAGGAACCAGAUGCCAGGGAUCCGAACUAUGAUGAAUCCUCACAGGGUGACACAGUUUAUGCGACUGUGGUCCCUGAACUGGAUGAAGAACAGCUGGAGAAGACGGUGAACCCCAUUGUGCAGGAGUACUUCCAACACGGAGACACCAAGGAAGUUCAGGCCCUUUUGAAGGAGCUGAACCUGGGCAGUAAGAAGUUUCAGUUCUCGUCGUUGGCUGUGUCGCUGGCGCUGGAAGGCAAAGCCAGUCACAGAGAGCUCACAUCACGGCUGCUCUCUGACCUCGCGGGCAAGGCCCUGAGCAAGGACGAUAUAUCGAGAGCCUUUGACAAGAUGCUGAAGGACCUUCCCGAGCUGAUUCUGGACACACCUGAGGCGCCACAGAUGCUGGGCCAGUUUAUUGCCAGGGCGAUGGCAGAUCAUGCUCUUCCAAUGAAUUUUCUUGACCGCUACAAAGGAUGUGUGGACUGUGACCAUGCAAGAGCUGCCCUGGACCGUGCUGCGGUGCUGCUGUCUAUGAAGCGAGAAAUCAUGCGACUGGACAACGUGUGGGGCGUGGGGGGAGGACAGAGGCCUGUGAGGCAUCUCAUCAGAGAGGUGAACCUGCUGCUUAAGGAGUACCUGCUCUCGGGGGAGGUGUCUGAGGCGGAGCGCUGCCUGUGUGAUCUCGAAGUGCCUCACUUUCACCAUGAACUUGUCUACGAGGCUGUGGUGAUGGUUCUGGAGUCCAGUGGAGAGACCGCUGUGAAGAUGAUGGUGAAGCUACUCAAAGUGUUCUGGGAAACCGGGCUCAUCACCAUUGACCAGAUGAACAGAGGAUUCCAGCGUGUGUAUGAUGAGCUGCCUGACAUUAACCUGGAUGUACCUCAUGCCCACACCAUCAUGGAGAAGUUUGUGGAUCUCUGUUUCCAGGAGACCGUCAUAACCAAACAGCUUAGAGAUGCCUGUCCUUGUAGGGGACGGAAGCGGUUUGUGAGUGAGGGCGACGGCGGACUCAUCAAGCAGUAAAACAGAUCCAGAGCACAUCUGUGCCUCUCCUAGCUGUCGGGGGGGAGCCAUCACAAAGACAGCCGACACCCAGCACCCCUCCCCAACUCCGUCCCCCUCCCCACCCCAGCCCUUCACAGCAGCGGCAAAGAAAAAGGCAAUGCUUCCUUUCAGGGGAACGUGAAAAAGUGGCGAUGCUAAAUAUAUAUAUAUAUAUAUAUAUAUAUAUAUAUAUAUAUAUAUAUAUAUAUAUAUAUCUGAGUUUGUCGUUCCAUAUGCUCUGUACAAAAGGAGGCAGGUGGGGCAGGGACUUCAUGUUUUUUUUCUGCACUAUUGACUGUCCUUUGUGUUUUUCAUUGCAUGUUAUUUGAGUAUCCAUUCACUAUGUUAAAAAAAAAAGUACUAAUACAGAACCAAUCUGAUGAUUAUAAUGUUAACUUAGGUUAAAACUUAAAAGAAAUUAAGCCAAGUAGAUAAACGUUGUGGCUAGUACCUUCAUCAGUGUAAUCAAGUCAAGGGGACUUGUACUCACUAAGGUCCUGGCUGAAGCAUCUAUCUACUUGUGUACGUGUAAAGGUGGUACUUCAUGUUAAAUUACUUAAUGUUAAAAUAGGCGUUUUCUGGUAGUAAUCUGAGAUCCAGAAGAGUUUCCAUGUGUUUCCAUGUGAGUAAAAAAUUUCAUGUGGGCACAGCAGUAGUGACCUUCUCAAGUACUUUACUGUACAGAACUGUACUACAGAAUUCAGGGGUAAGUAAGCAUUCUGUAGGCUUGGCUGAGUUCAUCUAAAAGAAAAUUAGAAACAGCUAAUAGGGUGGAAACCCCUUGGAACAAUUGCAAACGCCAUAAAAGUAAAAACAAAACAUCUUAAGUCAUUUAGUUGUUUUAUAUUACUUGGGACCCUUCCUAAAACUGUUUCUCUAAAAUGCUCCUGUCAUUCAGUUAGGGACCAGGGUAAGAGGUUUGUGAAGAACCUCGGCCGCAUGGUGGUGGUCUACUUUUAGCAUCCUGUUUAUAUUUAGUCUACCUUGAAACUGUGGCAGGGAAGCAGAGUACGGCACUUACCGUUUCCUAACAACCACUUACCAGAUGUAGGUGAUGGCAACUUACCUGACAUCUAUGUUGCCAAGCAACAGCACAUGUUUAUGCAUGACUUUCUCCACUCCAAAACCUUUCUUGUCAUCAACCAGCUGCUUCCCCUAAUGUCUGACAUGGUCUGCUGCCAGGGGCAUGAUUUGACCCCCUAGGCAUUGCUGAGGUAAUAUGACCUAGGAAGGGAAAUAUCCUGUCUGAAUGCAAGUUCCAGGACCCCCUUGUAAAUCUGGCCUCGGUGUCAAUGGGUGAAUCUCCUGGUUAAAUAAGUAAAUAAAAUGUUUGUAACAACUGAAAACGCGGGUGUGCAAUAGCUACUUAAGUAGCUGUUGGAAAUGCACAGCGAGUACAAUUUAUUGAAGUAUUUCACUUGAAGUGAAAAGAUAAUGAAUUGAAAUGAAAAGAACAAUCUCUUUACAGAAUGUAAGAUUCCUGCAAGCAUUUUGCAUCUUCUCAAUAAUGUGAUUCUAGGAAAAGACUGCUCAUAGCACUUCCUGUACGGUGUAUGUUGCUGAUGGGUUGUAGUUGACUCCAGAGUUCUGGAAGCUUUUCAUUCCUACCAGUAAACGCAUGUUAAACACUUACAAUGCCAGUCUUAAUAUACUGCAUUCAAACAUCUUGUGAUUUCUUCAUCUGUAAACCAGAGCUGCUGUAAGACUUCAAAUUAGUUUUUAUCCAGAAAAUAAAAAGGAAUGUUAACACAUGUUUGUGUUAAAUACAGAUAAAUAAAAAAAGGCUUUAAAUACAUUUAGUAUAAGCCAAAGAUUUUUGAUAAAGAUUUUAUCCUAGUUAAUUUGUUUGAUUUAUGUUUGGCUCGCGUGUUCUUUGUAUGACUGUUGCUUUACAUUUAAAUUGAGUGGUUCCCUGGAACUUCUUUUGAGUCUUCCUGCAGCCUGGGUACCAAUUCUCUGUACCACUGUUGGUAGUUGCUCUUCCUCAUCUUUCUUUCAAGGUUUGUUGUCACAAUAUCCAGGCAGCUACAAUAUUACAAUAUUUCUGUUUAUUAUCUUCAAGACAAUGUUUAGGUUUGACUGAUAACUGCUGUAUUGAGCAGAAAAGAAUCCUGAAUGUACCAAAGUGAUGCCAGCACAGUAUCAUAUUUCAACCUGUGUGUGUGGGAUGUGGUAAUGAUGCAUAAUGUUUAGCAUUCAGUUUUAAAAAAAAUAGCUGUUUCAUGAUAAAAACUACUUCAAAUGCAUCCCUUGUCUACCCCAACAAAACAAUGUUUUCAGUGCAACCCUAUGCCAAUCUACUAGUCUGCUCACUCAAGCUACUAACUGCCCCCCUUCCCCAAUUGCAUACUUCUGCAUAAGAAGCAAGCUAGCCUGCCCAUUUUUAUAAGCUACAAUCUUUUGCUAGUGGUGUGACCCUUUGCUGAAAUCCUGUACACACCUCAAUGGAAUGUGAAACAGAAUCUCAAAAAAACAAGCAUUAAUCUAUACAUGGCUAUUCAGUUAUAUGUGUUUCCUUAUCUCUUGGUGAUGACCUCACAUUUUAUGUGGGUGCUCAGUUGUGUUUUCUGAUGCAACUUCUUUAAGCAUGUUAAAGCUGAUAGAAUAAUUAAAUAAAUCCUACAUGUAGUAUAAAGCCAGUCACUAAUAUAUAUAUAUAUAUAUAUAUAUAUAUAUAUAUAUAUAUAUAUAUAUAUAUAUAUAUAUAUAUAUAUAUAUAAAUUUACUCGGUGUGGUUUGAAGGAACCAUUUGAACCAUGAUCAAUGGUUUGCCAAAAGUAAGGUUACGAAAAAUAAAGUAUAUAGUUUUAUGUUGUUGCCCAUAUUAUUUUGUUUUGAAAAAAAAUAUGUUGACACAGAAUGUUAUACAGUCAGCACUCGGAUAUCCGUUACGCAGAUACACGUCAGUCAUGUUUUACCGCCCAUGUAUUAAGAAUAAAGUCAAUCCUAUUCUAUAUAUAAAAUGAAUGCACUUACCCGUCGCAUGCGAAUUCCGACUCCAUCACAAGUUUUCCCAUACAACGUCCAUCUCUUCAAUGUUACAGGUUAUCUGAAUAUCUGUCGCAGCCCGCGUUUAAAAUAAAUAAAUAAAAUUAAAAAAAAAUCUUUAAUGCCAAAUCAGUCUGUCUUGUAUUGUGCAGUUACAAAUUGCUUCCUCCAGGUUCACCUGACGAAAAUGCAGCCAAAACAAAGCGAACGAAACAAGCUAUGGUAAUGUAGCAGUUAAUCAUUAAACAGUUUUAGAUACUGUGACAUUAUAUAUAUAUAUAUAUAAUUUUUUUUUUUUUAUCUGAUCUUUUGUUGCUUUUGUGUAUUUUAAUUUGCAAGUGAACUGUGACAUUAGGGCCUUAUCGAGCACUGUAUUCUGCAAUUUUGAAUACUGACUUUGGAUACUGUUUUAAUUCAGGAAACUAUGUUUUUGUGUUUGUUUGUUUUUAAUCUUUUGGUUUUGCUAAAUUGCAUUGCCUUUUAUGUUUUACGCAGUUCUGUGCGUGAAUAACAUUUAGAUUUCAUUUUGCUUUUAGGUAGUUUAUAGGGAAUUUUACAUACUGCUACAAUACGCACCAGAUUUAAAAGUAUGUGCUGUAUUACAGUUAACGUGUUGUCUCUUUAGUUUUGGCAAGUGAUAUUUUCAGAAUCAUAUCGUUCUGAAUUAAAAUACUACUUCUGUUAAAAAUAUAGUACUGUACCAACAAAACCAAUACAGUACAUCUAAAUAGAAGCCUACUUAUUUUAAAACAAAGUCCUUUCAGAUAUGUAUUUUUGAUAUUGUCCAUUUUUCAGGGAAUACAAAAAAGAUACAAGGGUUGGAACGGGCCAAAAUGAAAUAAUCAGAUAUGCAUUUAACCGUCACUGAAGUCUAAAUUUUAUAGGGUCGGAUAUGUGAGUGCUGACUGUAUACCGGUAUUGUUAACUUUUGUAUGUUAGGGAUUUUGGAUGACUAGGUUUUGCUUCCUUCUUCCUAUCCGUCUACUUCCCCUAUCAGUCCUGAAAUAUUUGUAGUCCAUCUGAAGGAACCCCUUUAUUGAGUAUACAUGAUAACAGACGUGAUGACAUAUUUAUAUCCUACGUCAGACUGGGACCUAGGAGUCUUGUGAGGUUCCAACAGAAUUUCUGACAUCAUGUUAACAUAUGGCGUUAAGAGGACUGAAAGGGUUAAUGACCAUUUUUAAGAAUGAGCUUUCAUUGUUUAUAACUUGACGUGCAGAGUUUCUUAAUAAAGAAAUUCAUCAGGUCCAAAACCAGUUCCUAACAAAAGGAAACUAUGUCAGAAAGCACAAGAAGGCACAAAAAAUCUGUUUUUUAAAAGUAAGCAAUCAUUUUGGUGUACAUACCUGGUCAUCCUUUUGAAAGAUUGUGUUUUUGUAACAAAUAUUUUUUUACAGCGUUUCAGAAAUGUUGGGUAAUUUUCUGACAUUUUGUUAAAUAAAAAAAAUGUUACGUGUUGAACAAAUUCAGGGACACAAUACUCCUUACACUGGUAUUGUGUAGUGGUUGCCCCUCGGACCGUAGCCCCAGAGAGCUGUGUUUGUAAUUUUGUUAAUGGUAAACAGCUUUAUUUCUGUUUUUGUUUUUUUUCUGUUGCAAGCUUACAGUUGUGCUGACAUUUUGGGACAAAGUAAUUAUUUGAGUAAAAUAAUUUAAUCCCAG